AGCACCAAAUCUUUGUGGGAGAAGCUCCAGACCCUACAGUGUCAUUUCACCUGGUGCCUCGAGUUCAAGGAUGAAGUGGUCAUUGGUCACCUCCUGAAAACGGUGGCUCUCAAGGUGGAGCACACGGCCUAUCACAACCGCAGCGUCUACCUCUCCAUGAGGGCGUACCUGCUGCAGAUGCAAGGGAAUUUCCCGGAUGCUCUGGGCAGUCUCCAAGAAGCAGAGACAGUGGUCCAACAAGACCAUCCGACCAACUUCUCCCACCAGCUCUUGCUGAUCUACGGGAACUAUGCCUGGAUCUAUUACCACUUGGUCAAUUACGAGAUGGUGGAGCGCUACCUGGGCCGGAUUCGUGAGAUCUGCCAGUCCCUCUCCAGCCCUGAGCCAUACUCGGUGCAGAGCCCUGAGAUCCAUGCACAAAAAGGCUGGUCCCUUCUGGCCCUGGGCUUCCGGAACGGGGAAGAGGCCGAGAAAUGCUUCCGAAUGGCGCUCCGAGGAGACGAGUCCAACCAGGAAUUCCAGACCGGUCUGGCGAUCUCCGUCUUCGCUCGCUGGGCUCGCACUCGGACUUUCCACCUUUGGAACGAGGCAAAAGGUAUGAUGGAACCGAUUUUCCGCCGCCAGCCCGAAAACGAUGAAAUCAAGGUGCAUUUGGCCAGUCUGCUGGAGAAAAAGGACUGGAGGAGAUCAAAAGCGCUCACCAUGGAAGUCGCCCAGAACAGCCACAACCCCGAAGAUCUGAGAAAUGCCGCCAGGGUUUUAAAGAACAACUUCCUCGUCCGAGCCAUUGAUGUCUUGCAACAAGCGAUCGCCCUGGAGCCCAGCUACCAUCUCCUGCACUAUGACCUCGACCUCUGCUACAAGAUGCAGCUGGAGGGAGCGGCUCCGGAGGGGAGAGAAGAGACCCUGGCCGCUGCUAUCGAGAACUUCAAGCGGGCUGUGGCGGUCAAUCCUCAGUCUGUAUUUUUCAGGCUGGAGUUGGCUCAACUGUAUGGCGAAAAGACCCCGAUUUAUGCGGAAGAGAUGUAUCAGAACCUGCUGGAGGAGCUGCCACGGGCUAGCAAGCGAUGCCAGCAGGCCAUCUACCUUCACUGGGGGGACUUCCUCCUCCACAGGAAAGGGCUGAGGCAGGAGGCGCUGGAGAGGUCCCAGGCCGGCUACGUGCUCCUUGGCGGCCACCCGAAGGAAUGGCAGCAGCUGAGGGGGAGGCUGAUGAAGCUGGCCGAGACGUUCGAGGGAGGCUCUGAAAUGAACCAAGCCGAGGCGGCCUUUGAGAUUCUUCGGCUCAGACCUGAGUUUCAGAAGUCAAUGGAAGCUGGCCAGGGACAGCGAGAGGGGUGA